CGUUUCUUCAAAGCGCAUGUGGAGGAGGUAAGAAGCGGAUUGCCACUGAGGACAAAUUCAGCUGUCAGAGAAGCUAUGUUCAAACUGGAGUUUCAGUCGGCGAUCAUGGAAUUAAACGAGGACGGCGCAGUGGAAAUUCACGUUUGCUGAUCCAGCCUGAUUCGAUAAUUUUUUUCGCCUCAUUCUUUCUUUUGUGAAGGCACAGUCCAGGGUGAGGCAACAUGUCAGACAAGAUGUCCAGUUUCCUCCACAUAGGGGACAUCUGCUCUCUCUAUGCAGAGGGCUCCACCAGUGGAUUUAUCAGCACUUUAGGGCUUGUGGAUGACCGCUGUGUGGUACAGCCAGACACAGGGGACCUCAACAACCCGCCCAAGAAGUUCAGAGACUGCCUUUUCAAGCUGUGCCCCAUGAACAGGUACUCUGCACAGAAACAGUUUUGGAAGGCAGCAAAACCAGGUGGAAACAGCACCACUGACACAGUGCUCCUCAACAAACUCCACCAUGCUGCUGAUCUGGAGAAGAAGCAGAAUGAAUCAGAGAACCGAAAGCUGCUAGGAACUGUUAUCCAGUACGGAAAUGUCAUUCAGCUGUUGCACUUGAAAAGCAAUAAGUACCUGACGGUGAAUAAGCGACUCCCUGCCCUGUUGGAGAAGAAUGCUAUGAGGGUGACGCUGGACUCUGCAGGCAACGAGGGCUCCUGGUUUUACAUCCAGCCCUUUUACAAGCUGCGCUCCCUGGGAGACAGUGUGGUGAUUGGAGACAAGGUGGUCCUUAACCCUGUGAACGCUGGACAGCCCCUUCAUGCCAGCAGCCAUCAGCUGGUAGACAACCCAGGAUGCAAUGAGGUGAACUCCGUGAACUGCAACACAAGUUGGAAAGUAGUUUUGUUUAUGAAAUGGAGCGACAACAAGGAGAUUAUUCUUAAAGGGGGUGACGUUGUUCGGCUGUUCCAUGCAGAGCAGGAGAAGUUCCUGACAUGUGACGACUUCAAAAAGAAGGAGUAUGUAUUUCUCAGGACUACAGGACGCCAGUCCGCCACCUCCGCCACUAGCAGCAAGGCAUUGUGGGAAGUGGAGGUGGUCCACCAUGACCCGUGUCGGGGCGGGGCUGGCUACUGGAACAGCCUGUUCAGGUUCAAACACCUUGCCACAGGGUCUUACCUGGCUGCUGAGGUGAAUCCUGACUAUGUGGAAGAAUGUCCUGAGCCCCGAUCCUCAGUGGUGGAUUUUGUUCCCUUUAACUUCCAGUUGGACUCGGACCAUGAAGCCCUGCGAGCGCGUCUGCGAACCCCUCAAGAGAGGGUCAUGUACCAACUGGUGUCUGUCCCUGAUGGCAUGGACAUCUCCUCUAUCUUUGAGCUGGACCCAACCACCCUGAGAGGGGGGGACUCCCUGGUGCCCAGGAACUCUUUCGUGAGGCUCAGGCACCUCUGCACCAACACAUGGGUCCACAGCACCAACAACCCAAUUGACAAGGAGGAGGAGAAGCCUGUCAUGUUACGGAUUGGUACAUCAGCGGUUAAAGAAGACAAAGAGGCCUUUGCCAUAGUGCCUGUCCCCCCAGCAGAAGUCAGAGACUUAGACUUGGCCAACGAUGCCAGUAAAGUGUUAGCAUCCAUCGCUGGCAAGCUGGAGAGGGGCACUAUAACCCAGAACGAGAGGAGGUUUGUCACUAAGCUUCUAGAGGACCUGGUCUUCUUCGUGUGUGACAUCCCCAACACUGGCCAGGAUGUGCUGGAGAUCAUGGUCAACAAGCCCAAUCGAGAGAGACAGAAACUCAUGAGGGAGCAAAACAUCCUCAAACAGAUUUUCAAACUUCUCCAAGCCCCGUUCACGGACAGCGGGGAUGGUCCCAUGCUGCGAUUGGAAGAGCUUGGUGACCAGCGCCACGCCCCCUUCCGGCAUAUCUGCAGGCUCUGCUACAGGGUAUUACGGCACUCCCAACAAGACUACAGGAAGAACCAGGAGUACAUAGCCAAGCAGUUCCGCUUCAUGCAGAAACAGAUAGGCUACGAUGUUCUGGCUGAGGACACGAUAACAGCCCUGCUCCACAACAACCGCAAGCUCCUUGAGAAACACAUCACGGCUGCUGAGAUUGACACCUUCGUCACCUUGGUCAGGAAGAACCGGGAGCCCAGGUUUCUGGACUACCUGUCUGACCUGUGUGUGUCCAUGAACAAGUCCAUCCCAGUGACUCAGGAGCUAAUCUGUAACGCCGUGCUGGACCCUUCCAACGCAGACAUCCUCAUCGAGACUAAGCUAGUGCUGUCUCGCUUUGAGAUUGAGGCUGUAACAAUCGGGGAGGCUCCCGUGGAAACGGAGGAGGACGAAGAAGAGGUGUGGCUCUUCUGGAGGGACAACCUCAAGGAGAUCAGGAGCAAGAGUGUCAGAGAGCUGGCCCAGGAUGCCAAGGAGGGCCAGAAGGAGGACCAGGAGGUGGUCAGCUAUUACAGGUACCAGCUGAACCUGUUUGCGCGGAUGUGUCUGGACCGUCAGUACCUGGCCAUCAAUAAGAUCUCUGGUCAGCUGGACGUGGACCUGAUCCUGCGCUGCAUGUCUGACGAGGACCUGCCCUACGACCUGCGCGCCUCCUUCUGCCGCAUGAUGCUGCACAUGCACGUGGACCGCGACCCCCAGGAACAGGUCACCCCCGUCAAGUACGCCCGCCUCUGGUCCGAGAUUCCCUCCAAGAUCGCCAUCGGCGACUACGACAAUGAUGGUACCACCAGAGAUGAGAUCAAGGAGAGGUUCUGCCUGACCAUGGAGUUUGUGGAGAACUACCUGAUGUCUGUGGUGUCUCAGAACAUCCCCUUCGACGACAGAGAGAAAAACAAGCUCACCUUCGAGGUAGUUAACCUGGCAAGGAACCUCAUUUACUUUGGCUUCUACAACUUCAGUGACCUGCUGCGACUGACUAAGAUCUUAUUGAACAUCCUGGACUGUGUUCAUGUCAGCACCAUAUACCCCGUCACCAAGCUGGAGAAGGGAGAGGAAAAACAAGGCAGCAAUGUGAUGAAGUCUAUCCACGGGGUGGGGGAGCUUAUGACCCAGGUGGUCCUCAGAGGUGGGGGUUUCCUACCCGUCACCCCCACCCACCAGCCGGAGGAGGGUGUGGUCAAGACCCAGACAGAGCCGGAGAGGGAGGACAUCAUGGUGAUGGACACCAAGCUCAAGAUCAUCGAGAUCCUCCAGUUCAUUCUGAAUGUGCGGCUGGACUACAGGAUCUCCUGCCUACUCUGUAUCUUCAAGCGGGAGUUUGAUGAGAGUAACCCUCAGGGUGAUGGCACACCAUCUAGUGCCAGUCAGGAUGGAAAUAAUAUGACAGGGGCUCUAGAUUUUGAGAACAUUGAGGAGCAGGCAGAGGCGAUCUUUGGAGGAAGUGAGGAGAACACCCCUCUGGACCUGGAUGACCAUGGAGGGAGAACCUUCCUGAGGGUGCUGCUACACCUCACCAUGCAUGACUACCCUCCCCUGGUGUCUGGGGCCCUCCACCUGCUCUUCAGACACUUCAGCCAGAGACAGGAGGUCCUCAUGGCCUUCAAACAGGUCCAGCUCUUGGUAACCAGCCAAGAUGUGGACAACUACAAGCAGAUCAAGUCAGACCUGGACCAGCUGCGCUCCAUCGUGGAGAAGUCUGAGCUGUGGGUUUACAAGAGGCAGGGGGACGAUGACGGAGGGGACGGACCCUCAGAGUCCGACCAUAAAAAGAAGGGGGAUUCAGGCAGCUCAGACAAAAAGAAGACGGAAACCACCAGCAGUUACAAUUACAGGGUUAUGAAAGAGAUCCUGCUGCGGCUCAGUAAGCUGUGUGUCCAGGAGGGAGCAUCAGGGAAGAAGAGUAAGAAGCAGCAGCAGAGACUACUGAGGAACAUGGGAGCCCACAGUGUGGUGCUGGAGCUACUGCAGAUCCCCUAUGAGAAGGGUGAGGACGUCCGCAUGCAGGAGAUCAUGAAGCUGGCUCAUGAGUUCCUCCAGAACUUCUGUGCAGGGAACCAGCAGAACCAGAUCCUGCUGCACAAGCACAUUAACCUGUUCCUCAACCCAGGGAUUCUGGAGGCAAUCACCAUGCAACACAUCUUCAUGAAUAACUUCCAGCUGUGCAGUGAGAUCAAUGAGCGCGUGGUGCAGCACUUUGUCCACUGCACCGAGACGCACGGCCGACAUGUACAGUACCUCAAAUUCCUGCAGACCAUCGUCAAGGCUGAGAACAAGUUCAUCAAGAAGUGUCAGGACACCGUCAUGGCUGAGCUGGUGAACUCGGGCGAGGACGUGCUGGUGUUCUACAAUGACCGUGCAUCCUUCCAGACCCUGGUCACGAUGAUGCGGUCAGAACGGGACCGUAUGGAUGAGAACAGCGCUCUGAGGUACCACAUCCACCUGGUAGAGCUGCUGGCCGUCUGCACCGAGGGAAAAAAUGUCUACACAGAGAUCAAGUGCAACUCUCUGCUGCCUCUGGAUGACAUAGUGAGGGUGGUCACCCAUGAGGACUGCAUCCCUGAGGUGAAGAUAGCCUACAUCAACUUCCUGAAUCACUGCUACGUGGACACAGAGGUGGAGAUGAAGGAGAUCUACACCAGCAAUCACAUGUGGAAGCUCUUUGAGAACUUCCUGGUGGACAUAUGCAGGGUGUGCAACAACACCAGUGACAGGAAGCAUGCAGACACGGUUCUGGAGGGUUACGUGACAGAGACGGUCAUGAGCAUCGUCACCACCUUCUUCAGCUCGCCCUUCUCUGACCAGAGCACCAGUCUGCAGACUCGCCAGCCGGUGUUCGUUCAGCUCCUUCAGGGGGUGUUUAGGGUGUUCCACUGUAAUUGGCUCACCCCCACUCAGAAGGCCUCAGUUGAGGUCUGUAUCAAGGUGCUGUCUGAUGUGGCCAAGAGUAGAGCCAUUGCCAUCCCUGUGGACUUGGACAGCCAGGUGAACAACCUGUUUGUCAAGUCCAACAAUGUGGUCACCAAGUCCAUCCUGAGCUGGAGGCUCUCUGCUAAGAAUGCCCCCAGGAGGGACUCCAACGCCACCACGUCCGUCAGCUACAGGAACAUCAUAGAGAGGCUACAGGACAUAGUGUCAGCCCUGGAGGACCGUCUGCAUCCCUUGGUCCAGGCUGAGCUGUCUGUCCUGGUGGACGUGCUGCAUCGCCCUGAGCUGCUGUUCCCUGAGAACACAGACGCCCGCAGGAAAUGUGAGAGCGGCGGCUUUAUCUCCAAGCUCAUCAAACACACCAAGCAGCUGCUGGAGGAGAACGAAGAGCGGCUGUGUAUCAAGGUGCUGCAGACUCUGAGGGAGAUGAUGACCAAAGACCGUGGCUAUGGGGAGAAGCACAUUGCCUUUGAUGAUGAGAUGGAUGUGGCUGAGCUGGCCCCUCCGCCGGCUGAGCCAGACGUUCCUGCUGCAGAUGAGCUUGACCCCAACCAGCCCGAGAAGCAACUGGAGGACCAGAGGAGGGGUGAAGCCCUGAGGCAGAUUCUGGUGAAUCGUUACUAUGGGAACAUCAAGCCUGGGGCCAGAAGAGACAGUGUGACGACGUUCAUCAAUGGUCCUGUCCCCCCUGGAACAGAAGGGAAACCUCGAGCAGUGGUGAGUUCAGGGGCGGCCGCGGCCCGAGGGGAGCUGACCUUGCAUGAGGUCCAGUGCCGUCUGGAUAAAGAGGGUGCGUCCGACCUGGUAAUUGACCUCAUCAUGAACGCUACGAGCGACCGUAUCUUCCAGGAGAGCAUCCUAUUGGCCAUCGCCCUGCUGGAGGGCGGGAACACGGUCAUCCAGAAAUCCUUCUUCAUGCGUCUGACAGGGGAAAACAAGUCAGAGAUGUUCUUCAAGGUGUUCUAUGAGAGGAUGAAGCUGGCCCAGCAGGAGAUCAAGGCCACUGUGACUGUCAACACCAGCGACCUGGGUAGCAAGAAGAAGGACGAGGAGCCCCCAGACAAGGACACGCCCACCGCUAAAGGAAAGAAAGGGAAGGUGGUGGCUAUGGUUGCGGUUGCUGCGGUGACGGAGGAGGUCAAGGAGCAGCUGGUGGAAGCGUCCACGGUCACUAAGAAGGCGUUCACCACGUACCGCCGUGAGGCCGAGGCCGAGGAGCACCUGGCCGCCGCCGAGUGUCAGGGCCCCGCCAGCACGCCUGAUGACCAAGAGGGGGAGAUGAGUGUCAUCAUUACCAUCAUGCAGCCCAUCCUGCGCCUCAUGCAGCUGCUGUGUGAGAACCACAACAGGGAGUUGCAGAACUUCCUGAGGUGUCAGAACAACAAGAACAACUAUAACCUGGUUUGUGAGACGCUGCAGUUCCUGGACUGUAUCUGUGGCAGCACCACGGGAGGCCUGGGGUUGCUGGGACUCUACAUCAAUGAGAAGAACGUAGGCCUCAUCAACCAGACAGUAGAGAGCCUCACAGAGUACUGCCAGGGACCCUGCCAUGACAACCAGAACUGCAUCGCCACUCAUGAAUGCAACGGUAUCGACAUCAUCAUCGCUUUGAUCCUCAAUGACAUCAACCCCCUGGGCAAGAAGAGGAUGGACCUGGUGCUGGAGCUCAAGAAUAACGCCUCCAAGCUCCUCUUGGCCAUCAUGGAGAGUCGCCACGACAGUGAGAAUGCAGAGAGGAUACUGUACAACAUGAGGCCUAAAGAACUGGUGGAGGUGAUAAAGAAGGCCUACAUGCAGGGGGAGGUGGAGCCGGAGGAGCCUGCUGAGGAAGAUGAAGAUGGUGAGGAAGAGCAUGCUGCCUCUCCACGAAACGUGGGCCACAACAUCUACAUCCUUGCUCAUCAGUUGGCCCGCCACAACAAGGAGCUGCAGGCCAUGUUGAAGACCUAUGGGGAGGGGGAUGAUGCCCUGGAGUUCUAUGCCAAGCACACAGCUCAAAUUGAGAUUGUGCGGCUGGAUCGCACCAUGGAGCAGAUAGUCUUCCCCGUGCCCAACAUCUGUGAGUUCCUCACCAAUGAGUCCAAGCUGCGGGUGUACUACACCACAGAGCGCGAUGAGCAGGGCAGCAAGAUCAACGACUUCUUCCUGCGCUCCGAGGACCUCUUCAACGAGAUGAACUGGCAGAAGAAGCUGCGAGCCCAGCCCAUUCUAUACUGGUGCUCUCGCAACAUGUCCUUCUGGAGCAGCAUCUCCUUCAACCUGGCCGUACUCAUGAACUUGCUGGUGGCCUUCUUCUACCCUCUGGAAGGAAUCAGCAGAGGUACGCUGGAUGGUCACCUGUCAGCCCUGCUGUGGAUCGCCAUGCUGGUGUCCCUGGCGAUCGUCAUCAUCCUGCCGCAGCCCCACGGUGUCCGGGUCCUCAUCGCCUCCACCAUCCUCCGCCUCAUCUUCUCUGUGGGCCUGGAGCCCACGCUCUUCCUGCUAGGGGCCUUUAACGUCGGCAAUAAGAUGAUCUUCUUGAUGAGUUUUGUGGGGAACAGAGGGACGUUCACGCGGGGCUACAAGGCCAUGAUCAUGGAUGUAGAGUUCCUCUACCACCUCCUGUACCUGAUCAUCUGUAGUCUGGGUGUAUUCGUCCAUGUCUUCUUCUACAGUCUGCUGCUCUUUGACCUGGUGUACAGGGAGGAGACACUGUUGAAUGUGAUCAAGAGUGUAACCCGUAAUGGCCGCUCCAUCCUGCUGACUGCCGUGCUGGCUCUCAUCCUGGUCUACCUCUUCUCCAUUGUUGGCUACAUCUUCUUCCAAGAUGACUUCCUCCUCAAUAUUGACAGGAUACCUAAUAAAACACUAGAGAGUGGAGCCAGUAUGGUGGGAGAUUUUCUGUCAGCAGGAGUGUGUCGGAAGGACAGCGGGGAGAACUGCUCCACAGAAGCUGUUAUGGAUGCUGCCAUAGCCACCCAGCCGUCGGCGGUGGUGAUUGAGGACAAGGAGCGGUCGUGUGACUCCCUCCUCAUGUGUAUCGUCACUGUCCUGAGUCACGGCCUGAGGAGUGGAGGUGGUGUGGGGGAUGUUCUGCGGAAGCCAUCCAAAGAGGAGCCUCUAUUUGCUGGCAGGGUGAUAUAUGACCUACUUUUCUUCUUUCUCGUCAUCAUCAUCGUCCUCAACCUCAUCUUCGGAGUCAUCAUCGACACCUUUGCCGACCUCAGGAGUGAGAAACAAAAAAAGGAGGAAGUCCUGAAGACAACAUGCUUCAUCUGCGGCCUAGAAAGGGACAAGUUUGACAACAAGACGGUGACAUUUGAAGAGCACAUCAAGGUGGAGCACAACAUGUGGCACUACCUGUUUUUCAUAGUGCUGGUGAAGGUGAAGGACUCCACAGAGUACACAGGACCAGAGAGCUACGUCGCUGAGAUGAUCAGGGAGCACAACCUGGACUGGUUUCCACGGAUGCGGGCCAUGUCCCUGGUAUGUAGCGAUGCGGACGGGGAGCAGAAUGAGAUCAGGAGCCUGCAGGAGAAACUGGAGUCCACCAUGAAGCUAGUCUCCAACCUCUCUGGACAACUGACCGAGCUCAAGGAGCAGAUGACAGAGCAGAGGAAGCAGAAACAGAGGAUCGGACUGUUGGGUCAUCCUCAGCAUCCUCAACAUGCCAACCCCCAGCAAACUGCGUGAGGCUGAGGCAAGGAAGCCCCCCCCCCACCCAGCCACAAGACCCAGGGAGAGCUACUUCUACUGCUUUGUGUUUGCAUAGGGAACAGAUUGCAGAGUCUUCACUUAGUGGUCCCUCCCGUCCUGCAUAUAUACUGUAGCUACCAAAUGUGUGUGUGAAGCGUAGCACAUUGAAAUAGCUAGUCAUAUAAUUGUGAUAUGUAGGUUAGCCUACAAAGGUAUAACUCAAACAAAAUCACUCACCACGCCCAGGCAACCCAUCCUUUUCCCAGUCCAGUUGGGAUUGGUGCCAAAUGUUUUCUAUGUAAAAAUGUAAGUGAAUUCUCAUUACAUGGCCUUUACUGGGUGAACUUGAAAUACAGCAGAGCAGGGCCGGCAUUAUGGGCGGGCUGUAGGGGGCCUGGUCCGCCCUACCGUACCUCCUUGAAAUAUUGAUAAUUUAUUUGACUGAGAAGUCAGACGCAUCAAUCUCAGAUAAAGCAUGCGAGCGAAACAGCGCCCCUCUGUCUCCGUAUGUGUAGACCAUGUAUCUGAUGCUGUCUGGACAAAAGGAGUAUGGCAUGUCAUACUUUUUCUGACCAGACAGCAUCAGAUACAUGGGCUACACGUAGUAAUACAGAGUGGCGCUGUUUCGCUCGAUGGUUUCAGCAGAGAGGCAGAGGUGAAGCAAGAGGGCUCACUCUCGCCCAAAAUCUGUCCUGAAUGCGUUUCUAUGGGCAUAAUAUGCAGACCUAAGCUUGUCGCCUGCAUUCCCACCUUUGGGACAAUGACUCGCACUGUUAGGCGGAGACAUGAGCAUCUCGUCAUUAUAUACAGACAUCUGGUUUCAGCCACUUGCGAAUUACAAAGAGAAGUUGGUGGGUUAACAGUGCACUGUUUGAAUAGUAGCUUCCCCUAAAGUAAAUUGAUGUUUUGCCAAAAUUAUAUAAUGACUCCUGUCUAAAUAAAAUAAUAGUAAAUACUUUACCAGAGAUCAUGACUUAGCCACAGAGGAUCAUGAUUUUUAUUUUUAUUUGAUAGCUGUGGAUUAUUUCAAAUCACAAGUGCAUAGGCCUAUGCCUAUUUGGAAAGCCAGCAAUUUGCACAGAGCACAUGGCAAUAAGCCUAGCUGAUUAUUGAAUUGUGGCUGUCAGCGGAAAAACAUCUAAAAUGUGUGAAGAUAAUGUGUUUUGAGUAUAAUUUCAAAUGUUGAGACAAGAAGCGGAGGGUUGUGGCGAAGAUAUGGGCGUCUCUCUCCAGAAUGCAUACACUCAGCUCUCCAGAAUAUGCUCCGCUGUCUCCCGUGAAUUCAUGCACAUUCAUUGUUUCAUUAUGUGAAUGGUUUUCCCUUUGAUUGUUUGUUUAUUUUGAUAAAUUCCCCAUUACAUAUGUAACCAGUAGGCCUAGUAAAUGUAUCGUUAAUCUCUGUCAUUUGGUUACAUUAAUUUCUGUUAGUGCAUCUAUUUCAGUCAUUUACUGUUCUCAUUCUCGGAGUGGAAACAUUGUUUACAGAGUUCACAACCUGCUACACUUGUGAGAAACAAGUUUUGGUUUAUUUCAUAACCAUCAUUUUAGGAGUUUUGUCAUUGUAUUUUGUUUGGAGUGCUCCAUAUGAGCAUGUGAGUGGUUUCUCUGUUCUGAUAACGUUGAGGGAGCACCUGAGCACGCCAACCUGCUGAGUUGAUACAAUGUUGCACUUCACUUCACUAGCAAGUCAAGACAGAUAGAUAGAAAGAGAGGCAGGCAGGCACAGUAGAGCGAUGAAUGUGAUUGAAAGAACCUGAAUUCUCUUCAGGAUAUUUUCUACUGUUUAUAUUUGUCGCUUUAGGCCUAUGUAUUUUACUUAGUUGAUGAUGGAAGUUGUUGGCCUAGUGCUGCAUUGGGCUAUCUCUGAACUCUGUGUUAAUUUCUUUAGCCUAUAAACUAUAAAAAUAAAGGGAGUCGCACACUCCAUAUAUAAACUCUCAGUAAUUUAUUGGGUAAAUCACCAACGUUUCGGCGUGACUCUCUUUAUUUUAUAGUUUAUUCGCCAUUCGUCAGCACCACACAAAAUACGUUUUCUGGGUGUGCGCCAGCUCAUGUUUGUUAUUCAUUUCUUUAGCCACCAAUGGAUCACGGUGUAUCAAUGUGUCCAUAUGGCAGAGACUGGUGCUCUUGCAUUAGUUGAAUUUUUACUUUUGGAUUUUUAUCAUUUUAAUUCAGAUUUUUAUGAUUAACCACAUAACAAUAAUUUAGAGAAACAAAAACGUUAUUAUUGAAAUAAAACUGUUCCACAAAAAUGCGCAAAUACAAAUAAUCAUAACUGAUACGCAGAUAGGUAGAAAUGGCGGGAUAAAUUAGAAGCUUCCCCAAACUUGAAACUCACGAGCUGCCUACGGCCUUUAUUAUAACACCCAUCAACAAAAUUUGUGCAAGCGCGUGCACACAAGAGGUCCCGUAAAAAAAAUGGGCCCCCCUAUAGAAAUUAAAUGCCUGUCCAACUGAUUCGUUCUGGCGCCGGCCCUGCAGCAGAACUGUACCGGACACAGGAAGAUGUAGUCCGAUGUGAAAUGGCACUGGGAGACAUGGAAAUAAACAUCUUUUUGUAUUUACUACUGGUAUAGCAAGCAGUAUUUAAUGUCUUAUUUUUGUAUCUUGUGCAAUAUCACUACUUUAAUAUGCAAACUCCUUGGUGUGUGAAUUUAAGUUGUUCCUAAAGUAAUGUCUUGUUUAAUAGGGACAGAACUUUUUUCCACAUGGGAGCUUUAUUUUGUAUUAUUUUGCUUUUAAAUGAAAUAGGGACCUGUUGUUAGACUUCACAUAUGGAAAUGACUCCAUGUAGAAUAGCAGUUGGUCGGACAGAUUAAGUUACAUGUAUUGUUCUGGCCUUUCUGAUUUCACUUGUUAUAUUUCUUUCAGAAGGUUGCAUAAAAAGUCUUAAAUGCACUUCAUAGAGAUAGUAUAUUGUCUGAGAGCAAGUAUAGGUCUUGUUUUCGGUUUCAUUUCUGCAAAUAAGAUUGUGUCUUAUCUUGUACUAUUUUAUGGUAUUUGCUUUCUUAUAUAAAACUGGCAUUUAAAGCUUUUAGGAUACUUGCCUUUCUUCAUCCAAACAAAUGUAUUAUGUAAAAAUGUGAUCAUGCUGUUAUGAUGUGUUUAUUAAUCAUAUUUCCACAUUGUCUUGCACUACAUAUUAUUAGCAUCUGUCAUCCAGGUUUAUCCUCUUGUAAUUAUAACACCUGUCAUGUGUGCCAUUUGUCCCUUUAAGACAUUUUUGGUUCUGAUUUACUACUUGUGACAAAGCCACUAUCUUUUUCCUUUGUUUUAUCAUUCAGCGCAGAUUUCUGUUCUCAAUUCUGCUGUUUAUUUGAUAUAUUAUUAUUUAUUGAUUUGUAUUGUUGUACUUUAAACAUGUACAUGCAUUAUGUUGCUUAAGCCAUUGUUUUUUGUAUAGGGACCUAUGUUUUCAGAAAAGUAAUGUGGAAUUUAAAAGCACUGUUACUGAAAAUGAAUGUGCAGAGGACUAAUUUAAAAGAUUUAAGCACUGUUAGAAUUGUAAAAUAAUGUAGAAUUGUCUAAUAAAAUAUAUGUAAUUCUCCUUUACAUCCA